AAUGGGUGUGCUCUCUCUCCUCUUUGCCCCUUUGUGUUGCCUAAAUUUUGUUGGAAGCACUCUGUUGCAGUCAGCAGCUUUACCUGAUUUGCAGCUCUUGCCACCUCAUGUUUUUCUUUUGAGCUCUCCUUUGUUGUUGUUGUUGCGUAAAAAUUUUGCUGCUAUUGCGAAACAGAUUUUUGUGCUUGAGCUAUUGCUCAAUUUUCACUUUGGGAUUUGCUUCAUUAGGUUUAUCACAUGUUAUUUAGUAGCAUAUGCUUUACUAAAUAUGUUUCCACGGUGAUAUAUGAGCUCCUUCACACCUGAGAAAUUUCAAAUUAUAAUUCAGUUUUAUGUGUCGAGAAAACAUGUAACUGUAUGUACAAAUUUAUGUGAGUUUAAGUUUGUUUCCCAGUGGACUUACUGUGGGGCUGUUUCUUCAUGAGCCACUGCUCCUGUAAGGCAGGAGCCAGUUCCUGUUUCAAUGUGAAGUUAAAUAUUUACAUGCAGACUUGUGUAAUGGUGAAGUAGGUUGGGGACUUAUUUUAUUCCUCUGUGUCCCUUUUUUGUUACAGUUAAGUGUUGUUUUUCUUGACUUGAUUUCCCCUUCCCCACUUGUAUGAAGUAUUUGUAUUGUUUUCCUUAAUGGAUAUGAACUUUAUAGGGGUAUAAACUUUAUAGUUGAAUGGUAACUGACAAGUGCAUUGUGAAAAAGAAAAAAAAGUAUUAAGGUAUUUUUAUAUAUUUACUCACCCUUGAUAAUGUUUGGCUUGCUGUCAAUGGAUAAUGAUGCUGAGGAAGUAUGGAAUAUCAAUUUGUGAUAAUUCUUGGUCAUGCAUGGGUUUUUGGCACAUGUGUGAAUUUUUUUGGAGGGUCUUUUUUUGUUGGUUGUUUUCUGUUAAAAUUUCAAUUUUGCUUUGUAGAACCAAGUCAGUUUUCACAAACACUGAACGGAGUUCCUCCCUCAAGCCAAGUCACCAGUGGAAUGGACCCCUUCCAUGCUUGUAGUAUUCUCCAGCAGCUGAAGACCAUGUAUGAUGAAGGACAGCUGACAGAUAUUGUGGUGGAAGUGGAUCAUGGGAAAACAUUCUCCUGUCAUAGGAAUGUUCUUGCUGCAAUCAGUCCUUAUUUCAGAUCGAUGUUCACGAGCGGCCUUACCGAGAGUACCCAGAAGGAAGUUCGGAUCGUUGGUGUGGAAGCAGAGUCGAUGCAUUUAGUGUUGAACUAUGCAUAUACCUCCAGAGUAGUGCUGACAGAGGCCAACGUUCAAGCUUUGUUCACUGCAGCCAGUAUCUUCCAGAUCCCUUCCAUACAAGACCAGUGUGCUAAAUACAUGAUCAGUCACUUGGACCCGCAGAACUCCAUUGGGGUGUUCAUCUUUGCUGAUCACUAUGGCCAUCAGGAACUCAAAGACAGGUCACAAGACUACAUUCGCAAGAAGUUUCUGAGUGUCACCAAAGAGCAAGAGUUUCUUCAGUUGAGAAAAGACCAACUGAUAAGUAUCCUCAACAGUGAUGAUUUAAAUGUAGAUAAAGAAGAACAUGUUUAUGAGAGCAUUAUAAGGUGGUUUGAGCAUGAACAAAAUAAGAGAGAAGUGCACCUUCCAGAAAUAUUUGCCAAAUGCAUCCGCAUGCCUCUGUUGGAUGAGACAUUUUUAGAGAAAAUCCCUCCCGUGUUUGCACAGGCGAUGGCCAAAAGCUGUGUACAAAAGGGACAACCCAGUGCCAACGGCUACACACAACGGCUUGGAAUGACCGCUUCCGAAAUGAUCAUCUGCUUUGAUGCUGCCCACAAACACUCAGGAAAGAAGCAAACAGUGCCUUGUUUAGAUUCGGUCACAGGGAGAGUGUUCAAACUAUGCAAGCCACCAAAUGACUUGAGGGAGGUGGGAAUUCUCGUGUCCCCUGAUAACGAUAUUUACAUUGCGGGUGGUUACAGGCCGAGCAGCAGCGAGGUCUCCAUCGACCACCGAGCGGAGAGUGAUUUUUGGAUGUACGAUCACUCUGGCAAUAGGUGGAUUCCGAAGGCUCCUCUGCUGCGGGCCAGAAUAGGCUGCAAGUUGGUUCACUGCUGUGGGAAGCUGUAUGCCAUCGGGGGCAGAGUUUAUGAAGGAGAUGGGCGGAACUCUCUCAAGUCUGUGGAGUGCUAUGACAGCCGGGAGAACUGCUGGACAGCUGUGUGUCCCAUGCCGGUAGCUAUGGAGUUCCACAGUGCUGUGGAGUAUAAGGAUAACAUCUAUGUUCUACAGGGGGAGUUUUUCCUUUGCUACGACCCUCAGAAGGAUUACUGGGGCUUUCUGACCCCCAUGACUGUGCCUAGAAUCCAAGGCUUGGCGACCGUGUACAACGACUCCAUCUACUACAUAGCCGGCACGUGCGGGAACCAUCAGCGCAUGUUCACCGUCGAGGCCUACGACAUCGAGCAGAACAAGUGGACUCGAAAAAAAGACUUCCCCUGUGACCAGUCCAUCAACCCAUACAUAAAACUUGUUCUCCUCAAAAACAAACUCCAUCUCUUUGUCAGAGCUACUCAAGUCACUGUUGAAGAGCACGUUUUCAGAACCAGCAGGAAGAAUUCUCUCUACCAGUACGAUGAGGUCACUGACCAAUGGCAGAAAGUCUACGAGACUCCAGACAGGCUCUGGGAUUUAGGCCGGCAUUUUGAAUGUGUUGUUGCUAAAUUGUAUCCGCAGUGUCUUCAGAAAGUUAUUUAAUUUUUUUUUUUUUCUCAGUAACAGGCCUUAGUGAUUUCAGUGGUAAUUUGAUGCUAGAGAAAACAUGUCUUAAAAGAAAACAAAGAAAUUCUGUCAGUAUUUAUUGUAAGAUGAAACAGACAGUUUUUUGUAUAUGGGGAUGGGUGCUCUUUAAAGGUUGCAGUCCAGGGAGGGAAUUGUUGAUUCAGUUUCAUAUUUACUAAUAUUUUCCUGGGAAAUGAGAAGGAGGUUACAAAGUGCAAUUAUCAGCAAUUUUUUUCUGGUAGACACUUAAUCAUGUCAUACUAAAGGUUUUUUUUUGUGGUAAAAGCAAAUUAAGUGGAAGAGCAAGGAUAACUAUGCACUACAGUGAAAGAAAAUCUAGCAUUAAUAGUUAAGGAUGUCCAAGAUGUGUUGAAGUGACUUUUCUUCUUUUUCUCUUUUUUUUUUUUUAAUACGGGUAAAAUUUGAGGCAAUAUCACUAAGUUUUGUUGCUUUUCUUUUUUUUUUUUUUUUUUUUUUUAAAUAUAGAUUGAAAGUACAUAGAGAGGAAUGGUAGAUCCUGAUGCAUAAUGAGCUCUUCUUUUUGUACUGUUUUUGAAGUCUGCUAAGAUGUUUGUGAUGUUGUUUGUGCACUGCAAUUUGGGAGAAAAACUCAAGUCAGAAUUGGAUUGUGGAGUACCUUUGCCCCGGAUGGAGGCCUGUUCAUAUUGUUGUACCAGUUCUUGUCUGUGGAUUUUUGUUGAGAUUGAGCUUAAUGAUAGUGGGGAGAAAACCCAACACCUCUUUUUUGCCACAUAGGUGUAGUGCUGUAAAAACUUUUUUUUUUUUUAACACGGAUUAAAACCUUUUUUUUUCACCCCGUAAAGGGCUUUAACCCAAAAUUUGAUGGUGCUAGUACACUUUUAAUACUUGUUUGUCUCAACUGGGCCAGCCUUCUGCUACUGUUUAAGAUAGCCUGUUAUUUUCCAUGGAGUGUGUGUCUGUCUUCAGGCCCUGUCCUGUCAUCAGAUUGUCUUUUCUAACAUAACAUUUUUACUGCAGUGGUGUUCUUGCACAGAAUGGUGACAGGAUAUGGCCUUAAUAAUACUGAUUCUCUUUUACUUUUUUCCCUUUGUGUGGAGUGUUCAUUCUGUCUCCACUACAGUACAGUGCUAUGUGUAGAGUUGGCAUGUGCUCUGGUGAUUUGGAAAAGUGUGGUUUAACUUUGCAAGUUGUUUUUCUUUUCUCUUUGCAGUCGAGCCCCCAAAUAUCUUCUCUUUCCUUCUGAUCGAUAAUGUGAAAAAUUGCACUACUGAGCUGUCAGCAUUAUCCAGUGUGUAUAAAAGCAAAAUUGACAUUAAGCAUCCAUGGCUUAAAUAAUCUUUGGGGAAAUACAGAAUAAGGAAUAUAUUGCAACAAUUUUCUUUAUGUAUUUAACAUUUAACUUAUUUUUAAAAAGUAAAUAAGUUCAAAGUUCAGCCUUUACUUCAGUAGUGAAAAUUGGAUUUAAAAGGGAAAAGAGGACUCCUAAAACUUGCAUCAGCUGUAAUUUACCAGGUUUCUUACAGCUCUACUUUUUGCAGAGCUUUAAGUUAUCUUACUCUUUCCUGUUUUUCCUGUUGACCUAAGUAAACCAGUUAACUUGACAUGGCACUGGCCAUCACUGCCUGAAAGUGCUUACCAUUAUCUGGCUUAACAGCUGAUACUUCAGUCAGCCAAAUAUUUAGCUCAUUGUUUAUCCCCCUGGCAUGGCUGAGGAUUUGGAUAAUGUUUGUUUACUAUGUGGUCUUCCUGAUCCCAAAUGGAAUCUUCCUAAUACAUGAAAAUACUUGCCUGGUUCUAUUUAUUAAUUCUUGCACAAAAUGUUUUGAGAGGCAAAAGCAAACAAAAAACUGUGAAAUGAGAAGCAAAAUAAAAAUGCCUCUUUGCAUUACAUACCUCAUCUUCCAGAGAUUCACCAAACUCUUCUUCCAAUGCGAGCACCUGCAUUUUGUUCUUUUUUUUUCCUGAAUUUGGCAAUUCUCGCUAUGACUGCAUUUUCCAAGUGUUGAGGUGUAUUGCUUCUUUGUUUAGUUUUAUCUAUAUGCAUAGCCAAGAAUAAGGGGUUUUCUGAAAAGUACAACUAAUUUAAUUUUUAACUAAUGAUCCUUAGUCCUUGGCUAGCUCUCUUUGCGCUGUUGUAGGCCUCUAGCUGCAAGCUUUCUGAAGCACCCUCCCUAACAGUGUUGCAUUUGUGUGUGAGACCCUUUUUAUUUUU